UGGCAACAUUGCAAACUAAAAUCUGAUUUUAUUUCUGACAUUCUGACUCUUGAAAAAUAAAAAAUAAAAAUAAACAUAACAUAACCCCACUUUGUUUUGUUGCUGUUGUAUUCUUCAUUGCGAUUUAUUUUAUUUGUUAUUUAAAAUGAGUUCAAAUAACAAGAGAACAGUUUAUGUUGGAGGAUUAGCAGAAGAAGUUGACGAACAAGUUUUAAAUGCUGCUUUUAUCCCCUUUGGCGACAUAAUAGACGUCCAAAUACCUCUUGAUUAUGAAUCGGAGAAGCACAGAGGUUUUGCAUUUAUUGAAUUCGAAAGUGCCGAAGAUGCAGCUGCCGCUAUUGAUAAUAUGAAUGAUUCGGAAUUAUUUGGAAGAACUGUGAGAGUCAAUUUAGCUAAGCCUCAAAAAAUAAAAGAGGGCUCAACGAGACCAGUAUGGUCUGAAGACACAUGGUUACAGCAGCAUGCUGGUGAAACCAUUGGGAAGAAAGCCGGCACUGAAGAAAUUACUGAAAAAGAAAAUGAAACUGAAGAUAUUAGUAAAACUGAUUCAAAGAAAGUGAAAAAUCCGCAAGUCUAUUUUGAUGUUAAUAUUGGAAAAACAGAAGUCGGUAGGAUAACAAUGAUGUUACGGGCUGAUAUAGUUCCAAAAACUGCUGAAAAUUUCAGGUGUCUUUGCACACACGAAAAAGGUUAUGGAUUUCAAGGUAGCAUGUUUCAUAGAAUAAUUCCAGAUUUCAUGUGCCAAGGAGGAGAUUUUACCAAUAAUAACGGCACAGGAGGAAAAUCAAUUUAUGGGAGAAAAUUUGCUGAUGAAAAUUUUGAACUGAAACAUGUUGGUCCUGGUACUCUAUCUAUGGCUAACUCGGGACCAAACACAAAUGGGUCACAGUUUUUUAUUUGUACAUCAAAAACGGACUGGUUAGAUGGUAAACAUGUAGCAUUCGGACAUGUUAUUAGUGGUAUGGACGUAGUUAAGAGAAUGGAGAGGUGCGGCACGAAAAGUGGAAAACCCACAGAUAAAGUGACUAUAUCAAGUUGUGGUGAGAUCCAAUAAUUACGGAUUAUUUAGGGUCUACUUAUACCACUUUAUUUGUAUGAAUCUGUAAAAUGGGUCUACCUAAUAUCCUUUGUAGAUAUGUAAUAAUAUUAUUAAAUAAAAUAAACUUAAAAGUC